GCGUGCAAAAGCAGUCUUCUCCCGGCCACCGUACAAUUGACAAAAUUAAAAUCGUGGUUGUGAAUAAUAAUCGAAGCGAGUUAUCUGCAAUCUGCGAUAUCAUUGCUCUAUUUCAGGUGUUUGGAGAUGGAUGAUGAAUGGGAAGAAGAGGAGCAGCUUGUUGUGGUGGAGCUCUCUGGAAUAAUCAACAACGACUUUCUAUCAAAGUGCCAGACAUGUAAGAUACUGGAUAUAGAUAGCGAGAGGCCCAUGAUGCAAGUUGGACAGUAUGUGUUUGCAGGGGAAUAUGAUGACGCUUUGGGAACGUGUGUGCUUUUUGAAGAGUUACCAAAAAAGGGAAAAGCAAAGGAGUCCCCUGGCCUCCGAUACAUGUGCCACACUGUUAAGAAGCUGACGAUGCAGCGGAUCUUUCUCACCGAGAAGAGGGAGGGUGAGAUGAUGGCAGAGGGACAGGGUGACAAACAGCAGGACACAACCUGUUUGUCUAAUCAAAGCAAGACCGACGACACACAUGGCACGUUAGAAGAAAGUACAAACAACACAAACUUGGAGGACUCUGCAGUUGGCUGAGAGAUAGACGUUUUAUUAUGACUUCCCUCUGCGAGGAUAAGAAAUCUUCCACCGAUACACCGUCAAGGACUUGGAUUGAGCGGUCUUUGCAUAUUUACAGCAGAACAGAGACAGGUUUUCUUUCUGUGAAAUAAAAUCUAUUAUUUUUGUUCGAAGAUACAGUUAUGCCUCCCCUUGACUGAGCCUGAAAAAUAUCUCAAUUAGUAGUUAUUACACAAUGGUUGCAUUGUCUUCAGUUGAUACAUGAGGUUUUGGAUUUUAUUUUUCUGACUUUUCUUUGCUGGUGUCAAGAUCUGGUAAUGCAUGGCACAAGAAAACUUUGAGUCUCUCUGAAUGGAAUCUAAAUAGCAUUGCUGCUCUUAUAAAGAAAGCCCAGUUCCAGGUACGCGAAUUGUGACUCUCAUAAGAUGCACAGCGUGUUGACAAAAGUAUUCAGCUAGUUCUCUCUUCUUUACAUAUCAAGGAUAGUUUUAUACAGUUUUAAGUUGAGUGAGAAAAUACAGGUAGUUCCACAGGCAUGUUAUAAAUGUGGAUGAAUUGUAACUUAUAUAACCAGCACAAUAGUCCACAAUGAUGUAACACAUGCAGGUUUUCCUAACAUUAGGCAGCCCUCAUUUGAAUCGUGUUGGUCCAAUUGAAAAGUGUUUUUAGCAGCAAUGCACAAUUUCACUAUGUACAAUGUACAAUAAUCAUUCAAUUUAGCCUAUUCAAAAAAUAUAGUUGUUGUUUUUUGCCGUUUUUCUUGGAAAAGUGUGAGGAAAAUCUUUUUUUUUUUUUUUU